CAGGGAGCCUACCUCUGCGGACAGGAGCCCUGCAUGCAAGGCGGCAGCAGGACCAAGGGGUAGCUAAGGCUGGCCAGAGAAUCAGGGGGCCUGGAUCCCGGUGGUUUCAGAGCCCACCAGCAUUUCCUAAGCCCCUCUCCUCCCUGAACCAGGUUCUGUUUCUCUGACUUCUCUCCCCCGGUAGUUUUUACAUCCCUGACACAGACUUCCUGUGAGUCAUCACAGCAGACAUUAGAGAAGUAACUGGAAGAAGAGACCAAGUGUGGUGAUGGGGUAUCCGGCAAGUGACAGCUGAUGAAUUAAAACCUUCUCCCUGGCCAGUUCUGAGGGCAAUGAGAGAAAGCAGAUGAAGGGAAAUAAGAAUUACUGCCCAAAGGGGAGUCAUGAAAACUGGCAUCAGCGCCUUUGUAGGCUCAGAAGCUUCCCUGAGCCUCGGCAGGCCAAGAAAAUUGGAGGACAUGGCAACAAAGACCCCAGAUGAUCGCUCUUCUUGUGCGUGAGCUUCCUGCCAGCUCAGCCCCGAGAAACUGGACGAUGGAGAAGCUGACGGUUAUUAAGGUGGAAGUGGAAACUCUUCUCAAGCAACCCCGGGAGAAGAUGUACACUUGCACGAUCUGCGGGGACAGCUUUAAUCACAAGGGCGUCCUAGCCACGCACCAGAAGACCCACAAGGAGGAGAUGCUGGUGGAGAACAAGGAGCAGGAGGGAAGUGCCGUCACAGCAGGAAAGCAAACAAGCCAGCAAGCCAGCAGAAGGGCAGAGGAGGCCAGCCAUGAAGGCGUGAACCAGCAGGGAGAUCUCUUGGUGCCGAAGGAAUCCUUGCAGAAAGCAAAGCCCUACUCUUGCACCGACUGUGAGAAGAGCUUCAAGAUGAAGGUGGACCUCACCAAGCACCUCAGGACCCACACAGGGGAGAGGCCUUUCCCGUGCACGGAGUGCGGGAAGAGGUUCAUCACCAAAUCGCAACUGAAGGAGCACCAGAGGAUCCACACCGGGGAGCGACCUUACCAGUGCUCCGAGUGCGGGAAAUGCUUCACGCAGAAGUCACAGCUCAUAGUUCACCGGAGGAUCCACACUGGCGAGAAGCCCUACAAGUGCGGCAGCUGCCAGAAGAGCUUUGUGGACAAGUCGCAGCUCGUCGCCCACCACCGUAUCCACACAGGUGACCGCCCCUUCAAGUGCGGGUUGUGCGCCAGGGGUUUCCGCCAGAAGAUCACCCUCAUUAAACACCAGAGGGUCCACACCGGGGAGGGGGCGCGGCGGCAUGGCGGGCCCUAUACUGGCAACGCCUCGCGGCUCAUCGUUCCCGAGUCGACGCCGGACGGGGAGAAGAUAUUCCGAUGCGGCACGUGUGGAAAGGAGUUCAAGAAGAAGUCGAUCCUGGUGACCCACCAGAGGAUCCACACCGGGGAGGAACCCUACCAUUGCGCCGAGUGCGGGAAGCGCUUCCGGCAGAAGAUCCACCUGAUCCGCCAUCAGAGGACCCACGCCAGGGGGGAGGCCCACGUCUGUGUCGAGUGCGGGGACGGCUUCAGCAGCAAGGGGCAGCUGCUGAGGCACCAGCGGUGCCAGCACCAGAGCGAGGGACCCCACACGUGUCCUGAGUGUGGGAGAAGCUUUAGCCAGAAGGUAGGCCUCAUGGCGCACCAGAGAGUCCAUGAGAGGGAGAAGGGAGAUGGGAGCGUGGCCGCCACUGAGGGGAGCCCUGGUGAGGCGGCAGACGAGAGGCUGCCUGCCAAAAAUGGCAAAGGCAGCAGCCAUCCGGGGGACCUGACGGCGCCUCGUAAGAGCCAGGUCUAUACCUGCACCCAGUGUGGCAAGAUGUUCACCAAGAAAGGGAACUUUGCCAACCACCAGCGGGCCCACACGGAGGAACGGGCGCACCGGUGUGGCGUCUGCGGCAAGAAGUUCACCAAGAGGGGGGAGCUGACCAAGCACGAGCGGAUCCACACAGGCGAGAGGCCGUAUGUCUGCGGCGACUGCGGCAAGCGCUUCACCCAGCGCACCCAGCUGGUCACCCACCAGCGCAUCCACACCGGCGAGAAGCCCUACCCCUGCGCCGACUGCGGCAAGCGCUUCAUCGACAAGUCCCGGCUGACGGUGCACCGGCGUAUCCACACCGGCGACCGGCCCUUCCAGUGCGCCGCCUGCGGCAAGGGCUUCCGCCAGAAGAUCGCCCUCAUUAAGCAUCACCGAGAGCAUAAAUGCCCCCAGUGCGGCAGAGGCUUUGGCACCAAGGAGAACCUGGCCAGCCACCAGCGGCUCCACACCACCGAGAGGCCCUUCAAGUGCGGCGAGUGUGGGAAGAGCUUCACGCAGAAAGCCCAGCUGGUGGUGCACCAGCGCAUCCACACCGGGGAACGCCCCUUCCGCUGCACUGACUGCCACAAGGGCUUCAUCGACAAGUCCCGGCUCAUCGUCCACCGCCGGAUCCACACCGGCGAGCGGCCCUUCAAGUGCACGGCCUGUGGGAGGGCCUUCACCCAGAAAAUCGCCCUGACCACCCACCAGAGAGUCCACAUGAGGGAGCACGAGGCCGCCCGGGAGCCCAACAAAUACUCCGAGCACGGGGAGAACGACGCGGGCAAGGCCGAGCCAGGUGAGGAGUGGCCCUUCCCCUGCAACGUGUGCGGCCGGGGUUUCCGCAAGGAGAUAGCCCUCAUCACCCACCAGCGGGUUCACACCAAGUACGAACCCAACAGGUGCAGCAAGUGCGGCCAGGUCUUCCCUGACAAGGCCCAGCUGCUCCUGCAUCAGCCCUCCCACGCGGAGGACCGGCCCUUUAAAUGCAACACCUGCGGAAAAGAUUUCAAGCGGAAAGAGAUCCUGAUCACCCACCAGAGAAUCCACACGGGAGAGGUGCCUUUCAAAUGCACCGAGUGCGGGAAAAGCUUCUCCCAGAAAGCCAACCUCAUGAAACACCAGCUCACCCACACCCGGAGGGGCCCCUUCAUCUGCUCUGAGUGUGGGCAGAGCUACACCACCUUGGGGCAUUUUAAAAGGCACCAGAGGAACCAUCUGAGAAAGCGGGAGGGGAAAGACUUGGCAGAGGAGCAGGAUGCAGACGGGCUGCCGGAGACAGGUGUGCACAACGGGCCCAUCAUCGUGGUCAAGACAGAAGUCAAUACAGACGACUAUGAGGUCCUGCAGGUCCCAUGACACCGCCCUCAGCAGGGAGCGGUGCGUGUGUGUAAAGGGGUCCUCCAGAGGCAAUGCAGGAGUAAGGGCCCUGGUGCUGCCAACCCCUAGCGUUCAAAGAAUCCCGGAUCAAGCUGCCCCCUCCAGUCAUGAGAUUGGCUAAAAUGUCAUGAGAUUUGAGAAAAAAUAAUACAUGUGGGGUUCUUUUUAUGAGCCGUUGGGGGUCACGUUUUCAAGGUUUUCUCUGCAACCACAUGGGCCAGAAACUUACUUUUUCCAAUGAAAUCUGUGAUUUUGGAUGUCUUCACGUGACUCCUGGAGCUGGGGCUUUAAGGAAAAGCACCAAAUAUCCCAAGAGUUGGCAACCCUGACUCUUCCGUAGAUCAGUAUCUUAGCACUCAGCAGCACCAAAUAGCAAUAUUAAGCCAGCUGACCUGGGUUGCUGGUGGUCCAUGGGAGAGCAUCAGCGAUUCACUGCAGUGUAAAACGUCCCCGGUCAUCAUUCCAUACAACAGUAAGAGAGGCAGACAUCAUCACAGGCCUCCAUGUGGAUGGACCGGUGGACCCAUGCAGAGCCCCGUUGAAGUCAAUAGGCUCCCCAUGGGAUGCAGACAUCCACUUGUAUGGAAGGGUUAGCUGGAUCAGGGCCAAUGUACCUAGAAAGAGAGCACCUACUUGAAACAGAGAUAGGUCCAGAUCCUCAAAGGUAUUUAGGUGCCUAAUUCCCAUUGGCAUCCACAGAGAGUUAGAUGCCUAAAUACCUUUGAGGAUCUGGGCCAUAGUGUUUACUUCAAAGUCUGAUCUUUUCUGAUGAUCACGCUUUAAAAUACGCUCACAUACGGUUUUAUUUCGCUAUGCGAUCACCAGUUUUAUUGUUUCAAUACAGGACAUUCACUGCAAAAGCACCAUUCUGGUUGAGGGUUGAAAUACGCAGGUUGCCUGAUUCACGGCUACGUUAUUCCAGUUUAAAUCUGCUGAUUCCAGUGGUGUAAAACUGGAGGAACGGAGCGGGAAAUCACGCCCAAGCUAGCUCCGGUUUUGCUGUCAGCUCCUCAGCUGCUGCACAUGGGCAGAGCUCAGCUGAAGUCACUGGAAGUACCCCAACUUGCAUCAGCUGAGAAGCUGGUCCGGGAUUCCCACACGAAGCAUUUCUCCCGCACUCUUGUGUCUGUAUAUUCCAGCAGUUCAGUGUCCAGGAGCCCAGAGUAUGACAUGUAGACAAGGGGAUGACAUUAGGAAGAAACUAUAACUUUGACUAUCCUCUCUGGUUUGCGUUUAAAUUCUUAACCAUAGCAUUGCCCUGGCCUGAGGCCCUUCCCCCUCUGUAGAAAAUCCAUAUGAGAGGAAAACGUGGGCCAUGAUCCUGAGAACCUGUAACUCCCAUGGCUUCCCAACAGUGUGAUCCAGGAGAACUUGUGUCCCAAGCCUGCCGGUCCCAGGGCAUUUGCAGGGCGGGGUUGUCUACCUCUUCCCCUUCACUCCUUGCUCCCUGGCUGUAAGUCUCGCUAAGGCCUUAUACGGCUAUGGGUUCCCAGCUCCCCUGGGUUAAAGCUGCUGGGAUUGCUAUGUAACGUGGCUCUCUCCUGACUCCGCCCUGCGCAACCCCAUGAAAAGCCACUGAGCCCCAGUCACAUGGAGGCUCGGGGAUGAAGAGAGCAAUGGCAGCUGUAGGGGCGGCCCAGCACUGCAGCUCCGUCCAUCCCAUCUGCCCCCGGGCGGCCGGGAGGAUGGCAGGGCUCAGCCUUGGUUUGGAAUGAACGUCGGAACCAUUUCAUCCAUACCUGCCGCCUUCUGCUCUCUCUCCUCUUCCCCAGCAGAGUCAGGCUUUCCAUUACAGACGGGAGCGUGGUUCCUCCAGGGUACGUCUCCACUGCGGCAGGGAGCGAGCCGCCCAGCCCGGGGAGACGGCCUUGGGUUAGCAGGGCUCGCGCGAGCAUGCUACAUAAUAGCUGUGUGGCCAUUAUGGCACCGGCAGAGGCUCAGGCGAGCCACGCGGUCUGAGACCCACCCUACCUAGCCUGAGCCUCCACCCAGGGCCACAACAUCCACUCUGCUGUGUUUGAGCGUGCCAACCCAAGGCGCCCCAGACUCCUUGCUGCAGCGGAGACAUGCCCGAAGAGUUCACGGAUCCCUCCUGGGGCCUCCCUUCCUGACGUCAGCACGCUCCAUUUGCGACAACAGAGACGCAUGGGAGUUUGAGGUGGAAAAGCCUCAUUCGGUCAUUUCCCUUCCAAUGCAGGAUUCCCAACUUUUGUCUAGGGUGACCAGAUGUCCCCAUUUUAUAGGGACAGUCCCAAUUUUGGGGUCUUUUUCUUAUAUAGUCUCCUAUUACGCCCCGCCCCCUGUUCCGAUUUUUCACAUUUGCUGUCUGGUCACCCUACUUUUGUCCAGUCCAGUUUUUAAAUGUCCCAAAGGAAAACGGCUGCCCCGUUUUCCCUGGGGAGACCGUUCCACAGCCUAAUAGCUAUUGAGAAAGUUCCCCUUAUAUUCAUCCUAAAUGCUCCCUUUCUUAGAUUCCUUCCAUUGCCCUGAAUAUCACACCAAGAAUGAGGCCCAGUGUUUUACUGCACAGGGUCUGCUGAAAUCCUGGUCUGGAUCAUGCAAUAUGGAAGUGCAUCGCUGCUUGCAGGGAGUGCCAAGAGGAGCAGCAUUAACUAAACAAUGAUGGAGGGUUUAAUAAGUCUAUGACUAUCUGAAUGCUGUGGACACCAAAGAGGGAGAGGAAUGAUUUAGGCUCUGAUCCUGCAAACACUUUUACACAUGCAUAACUUUUAGCACAUAGAUAUGCCCAUUGACUUCAACAGGAUUGUUUGUAUGCUUCAAGUUCAGCACGUUUAAGGGCCUUAAUCAUUUCCUCUCCCUCUCUGGUGUGCACGGCAUUCCGAUAGUCCUAGACUUCUUGUGCCCUCCAUCAUUAUUUAGCUCAUGCUGCUCUUCUCGGAGGGCCCCCCACUCAGCAAUCCAUUCCCAUAUUGCAGAAUCCAGACCAGGACGUAGGCACACCCUGUGGGGUAAAACUGAGCAGUACAAAUUGGGGUCCAGAGCUGACCCAAACAAAAAUGGCAAAACUUUAACUCUUUUGUUUUGCUUUUUUCCCAAAACUGACUAAUUUUCUCGGUUUUGGAAAUUUCCUCCAACCUUUUUUUUAAUUGACCCUCCCCCCCACCUCCCAAAAAAAAUUUUAGAAUGUGAAAAUAGAAAAUGUUUGGUUUAGGAAAAACUCCACCUGUGAUUAACUCAAGCAAUCAAAAUUGGUGCCGAACACGUAAAGGGUAAACAAAAACGAAUACAUGGAAAAAAAUCAUUGAAAAAAAGGAACAAUGUUGAAAAA